AUGGAAGAAGGAGAGAUAGUAGACGAACAACCAACAACAACAUCAAUAACUACACCACUGAUACAAGUUAACAAACAACAACAACAACAAACAAAUACUAAUAAUAAGAGAACAUUGGAUGAUAUUGAACAAUAUGAAGAUGAUCACUUGAGUUGUGAUCAACAGGGAUCAGUCAUCACCGUCGAUGGUGUGAUUAGCACAAAGACCCAACAACUACAUCAACAACAACAACAAAGUCGGAAGAAGAAGAGAGCCAACAGUCAAACACAACAACAACAUCAACAACAACAACAACAUGAUGGAAAGAAAAAGAUAAAGACAACUAUUAGGAUAAAGAACUAUGAUAUAUAUAAGGUGUUUAGUCCAUUCCAUAGGAUGUUGGAUCUAGGACUGUGUCCAUCAUUGGAUGAUCUAUACACAGAGUUCUUUCAUCUUCUCAACAUGGACAAGUGUGCAUUACUCAAUAAUGAGAUGAAGACAUACACUUCAUCAUCAUCAUCAUCAUUGUCGACGAGACAGAGACCGACACAGACACAGAGUCAUGAGCAACAGAUGAGAAUGCCACUGGAGCAUCAUCACUCAACAUUGGAGAUUGACUCGAUUCAAUUCAGAGACGACAGGUCAAUGAUCGAGACAAUCGUGCGCAAGAUAUGUGGAUUCCUCAACAAAGAGUCUAACAUGGUGUUGGUCGAGCUGGUCGUCAUGUCACUUGGUCUAACCAAGUCAAUCGAGCUGCUCAAACAUACCCUGGACAUUGAGCAACAAGGUGGGAUAACGAUCAAAGUAGUGACAAAGGACGACGAAGGAGAGCAUGAUGGAGACGACAAUGAUGAUGAAGCAACAGAGACACAACAGGUCCGAAGGAGGACACCUGGUGGAGUCUUCUUUAGAUUGGCUGUGAUGUCCAUACCGCCAAAGCUCAAACUACAGGUGUUCUCAAUGAGUGCACUGUCCAAGUACAAGAAACAGAGACAUACCAAGGGCAAAGGAAGAUUCACUCUCAUCACAGACUUUGUGCCACUGCCAUCAAUCGAAUCGAUACGCAACGACCACGAGGUCAAUGCCCUUGACGAGGAGUUUGAGCGAUUGCUCUCACUCAAUGACUGUCCUGUAUCUGUUUCCAACGAUCACAACAAUCACAACAACAACAACAUCUUUGGUCGCCACGAUGAAAUGCAGGUCUGCAACUAA